AGUCACUUUAAAAAUCAGGGGGUGAACCAGUCGAUCGAGUUCACAUUAUCACAUACAGCAAAUAAUAAAUUCUUACUUUUAACUUUUUCACGAAUAUAAGUUUGCAUAGUUUGGUGGAGAAAGAAGUUUUUCCGUGUUUUUCGCCACGCUGUGUUAACAAAACACCGUUCUUGGAAUUCGGCAUAAAAUGACUGAUAUUCUGCAAGGAAAACCGGGACAGAAAGUCUACAAUAUAUCUUCGAACAUACGGGAUCGGUUUAAAGGAACCGGGGAUUUGAUAUACAGGAAUGUGUUUCGCCGUACAUCAACAUUUGUGCUGGCCAUUGCACUUGGUGCAUUCUUCUUCGAACGAGCUUUUGAUAAGACGGGAAAUGAAAUAUUUGAGCGAUGGAACAAAGGCAAACUGUGGAAAGACAUAAGACAUAAUUAUGAAGGCAAGACACCUGCGGUCGAAGAAGAAGAGGCGCCUGAAGAAUCAGAAUAGUCAGCAAUUUUAAGUGGCGAAAUGUUUCGACAUGCGCUCUGAUUUACUUAUUAUUGCACUGCUAUGAGUGUGUACAAUAAUUUUGGUGUGGAUUGUGGAUCUAUGCAUCUUCAGAACUGAUAACCGGUAUGGAUACUCUUGAUCCAUGUACUUCCUGUUUUAACCAGUUUGGCGUCCACUAUCACUAAUUAUGCUUGCGGAAUUUCGAUACCAAGAAUUUUAAAAAGUGUGACUUUAGAACUUUGAACAGAUAGGUGUAAGUAAUGCCGCCUCCGUUCUGCCAGUUCGUGCUAUCAGGUGUCAGCGACACUAAACAUAUUAUGAGUAGUAGACAAAACUUUUAUUUGUUCAUAAUUUGAAAUAAACUGUUGCACACCAUCGAAAGUAAUUAUGGUAUUAUUCAGUUGUGGACUUCGCAAUGCACCUCCAUUUGAACGCUUUUCAGGCGUGAUUCGAAAACCAAUGUCAAGAUAAACUUAACUAUCCAGAA